CAAUACAACUUCGGAGCACCGUCAUUGCCCCCAGCAAGUUUUUUGUUUUCUUUUUUCUCUGCUUCGUCUCUGCUUCCUGUGCUAUCAAUAAUGUCGUAACAAAUCCAUGCCCAAUAAUUCCCAUCCUCUAAUUUCUUCGUUUCUUCCGUUGGAUUUAAAUAUCUUUCGUUCUUUCUCGCAAUUACGGCUACCGGUGGAGGAUUUCUUAUCGUUGUCGUCUUUUAGCCACUAAGCUUCGAGUAAAUCUCAGCUGCCAAGUUCAAGUGCAUUGGUGUUCGUCAAUCCACAUCGAUACGCGUUUCAGAGAUUGGUUCCGGAGUUUAUGUUACUAAAUUCGUCGAAAUUAAGCAUUUCCACCGAGUGUUGGAAUCUGGGUUGCAGGUGAAAUAAUCAAGCCUACAAGAGCUAUACCUAUGCAUAUAAUCACGUUUAUUUCUGCAGCCUUUGCUGUACUUGAAGAGUGCCUAAUUUGUAUAGAGAGAUGUGAUCAUUCUGCUUUCAACUGAUAUGAAGACCGCACAGAGAGCUCAAGAUACAAAGAAAGCUUUGGAUGAUACUGAGAAGGACCUACCAAACAACAACAAAACCGAGGCUCCUAUAACAGACACAGGUUCAAUAUCUGGCUCAAGUAAUGAUGGAAAAAAAGUUUCUCACCAAGAUAUUGAAUUUGUCCAGAAUUUAAUAGAGCGGUGUCUACAAUUAUAUAUGAAUAGAGAUGAGGUGGUUAAGACCCUAUUGAAUCGUGCAAGGAUAGAUCCUGGAUUUACGUCAUUAGUUUGGCAGAAGCUGGAAGAAGAGAAUGCUGAUUUUUUCAGAGCCUAUUACAUAAGAUUAAAAUUGAAAAAACAAAUCCUUCUUUUCAAUCAUUUGCUUGAUCAUCAAUACCGUCUCAUGAACUAUUCCAUGCCUCCCAAAGUUCCUUUGGCUCCUAUGCAGAAUGGAAUCCAUCCAUUAUCUGUUAACAACUUACCAAUGGGAUAUCCAGUACUUCAACAACCCCCAAUGUCAAUGCCAGGUCAACCCCAUCUGGAUACCAUGGGCUCUGGGAUGCCAAGCUGCCAUGUUGUUAAUGGCGUUCCUGCACCUAGUAACUUCCAUCCUAUUAGGAUGAACUCUGGGAACGAUAUGAUGAUGAACAGUGAGGCUGAUGUGGUUCCUGUUAUUCCACCGAACGGCACCAUGCCCUCCUUGUCAGAGAUGUCUAUGAGUCCUACAUCGGUGGCAUCCAGUGGUCAUUUCUCAUUCACUGCUCCAGAAAUAUCCGGAAUUGGAGUAGAUACUUCCGCACUUGAUACUGCAUUUACAUCAGAAAUGGUAAAUUCAGUUGGUCUGCAACUUUCACAAGAUGGUGGAGCUGGAAAUUCUAGGGAUUCUCUCAGAUCAUUGGAUCAGAUUCAGUGGAAUUUUUGCCUAUCAGAUCUUACAACAGAUUUAUCAAAUUUGGGAGAUUUAGGACCAUUAGGUAACUACCCUGGUUCUCCGUUUUUGCCCUCAGACUCGGAAAUUUUGCUUGAUUCACCUGAGCAAGAAGAUAUAGUGGAGGAGUUCUUUGUUGAUUCUGUCCCUGGGCUGCCAGACGAAGAGAAAUCCUAGACAGAGGCGACAGAGGUUGUUUUUUUUUUUUUUUUUUUGCCACUUGAAUAAGUAGGAUAGGACAAGAUUUGACCAGAAAUCAAGAGUUCAUUGUCUAUUAAUAAACAGGCAUUCAGUAAUUUUUUCAUCGACAAAUUUUAAUUAUUUAAAUAUUGUAGUCACAUAGCUUGCUUGGUAGGAAUGUAGAUAGGGAAGUAGUCAUGUAGGGGAAGCCGUAGUUCUCUUGUGCUGCUCAUUUCAGAGAUAUCCAGUUGAAGCUGGCUGUUCAGUUUUUAAUCCCUUGUCUGGUCUGGAUUUAUGGGUCAAUUACGACCAUCCUAUAACUAUGGUACUUUUUGGAUGUUUGAUUGUU